AUGGGGGUGAGCAAGGACACGAGCCGGGCGUGCACGUCUAGAGUUCUCGGUGAGUGGUUGGGCCGGAAGAAGCGGGCAACGGGCAGCGGCGUGUACAGCAUAGGAUGUUCCGGGGGGUUAAAUGAGCAUGAAAGCGCCGUCAAGCCACCGCGUCUCGUUUACUGCUCGGCGAGGCGACCAUGGCGCACUCAGCAGUCAGUCGAGGUCCCAACAGUGGCACGAGUGGAUCGCGCAGAGGUUCUCGGCCUGCAAUCCAAUGAUCCAAGGGCAAAAAGCAAAGGUGAGCGACGACAAGGAGCCAACGUCGGUAGGCGUCUAGCCAAGGGCCGUCGUGGUCGCGGUGCAGGACCGCGCGGCGCCGUACAUGGCACAAUCGGCCGCGUGCCUGGCAGCAGGUGGGGCCGGCUAUUCCGUCUUGGACAUGGCGCUGCACCGGCGGCCCUCGCACCACAGCGCCCGGCGAGCGGUUCUGCUGGUAGUGAGGAGGAUAGCAACGGCAGGGAGAAGAGCACACUGGAGGCAGAUGAAGGGGGCGCCUGGCAAUCUGCGGCGCCCUGCCCGAAGCGGUGUCGUGGGAGGGUGCGGGUGCGUCUGACUGCCACUGCCGGCGCGCUAGCUGCCAAGGCUGGCUCCUGCUCUCCUGGCCCGGCGGUGCCUGCCCAUCCCGACUGCUGA